AUGAAUUGGAAAAGAAAACUGCUUCUUUUAACACUGAGUACAGGAAUAUGCACUCAGGGUGAAGCAGCCAAGGGCAAGUUCCGCUACAACAUCCGGAAAGAAGCGUACCUGGAUAAAAACUCCAAAAAGCAAAAAACCCUUGAAGCUCGUCUUCCAACCCUCCCACCGCCAACAGAAGCGACAAACGAAGACGAUUACGACGAAGGAGAAAAUCUUAUUGGUCUUCGAGCUGGGCCAGCACUCAACUUUGAUUUUUCAAACUUUGCCAAAAAGAGCCGCGGCGGAAACUCGUGUAAGCCCCUGACCGAGUUUUUGAACGACAACGAAGCCUACUCGUCUCUGUCGAAAUACGGCAUCGUCACCAGUUGCAGCAGACAACAGUACAAAAACUCCAACUGCUUUUUGAAGUGCCAAAAGGGUUUCGAGCUCGAACUUGGCUUGGCGAAAAAACCGGUGACGACCUGUCGAUGCAGAAAACGACGCGCGUCUGGUGACCCGUGCAACUGGGAUGGAUUGAAAGAGCUUUCUUGCAAACCGGUCAUCGAAACACGGUCCUCAUGCAGACCUCCCGCUGUCACUGGAACCAUGAAUAUUCUAGACCGCUGGCAAGACGGGAUUAUGACUUUCAUCGAUAUCGCCACAAAAGAAAAGCAAAACCUUACCGACUGGACACUCUUGAUCGAAUGGAACAAGCCCGUAAAGUCGAAACGAACGUUUCUCUGGAAUGCAAACGUUGAAAAAAUCUCCAAGGACUUGACCCUUUGGACCGUCGCCAAUAAAAAAGGAGCGCCGCCCUCGAUUAACGGAGUGAAAUUUGGAAUGGUCGUUGAUAAUUUGGAGAAACGGGACUACGGAACUGACGAAUUGAAGGCAAACAUCUUCCUUUGGAACUUUUACAACGAAGAGGCUGCCUGUUGGUCGCUCUCAGAAGACAGUAUUUUAGCACGAUCAGCAGUGAAAGAGCAAUCGACUGUGUCUGAAUUGGAACCGGUUUCUGGGGAAAGAACUUGCUUCAUGGGAAAAUAUGUCAACACAAAUAUCUGGAAACAUCAUCAUAGUCAAUAUCGAGUGCACGCUUCAUUAGAAUUCGAUCUUACAGACCCUCUUGGAGAAUGGGAAGUGGAACUGGUCUUUGCGGAGGGAAAGAAGAUGCUUGUAUUAGAAACACCCCAGCUGACCAAAAAAGACAAGUCGACUGACGGGCGUUACUGGAGUUUUAAAGCAAGAGCUUUCAACGAUGUCCUAGUUUCCAGGAAUUUAAAGUUUUUCAUGUCUGGCGCGAUGUGGCGGUCUGCUCCUGCUCCCAAUGCAGGUGUGGACGAAUAUGAACCAGAUUUGGUAUCGGAUCCUUCAGGAGAAGUGCGCAUUUGUGGAGUUAAAGCUCCAUGGGCGCAUAUUCAGCAGCGAAGCCAAAUCUUCAGUGCUCCGAUUUACGAAGGAAAAUGCGAAAAGAACAGUAGUGAGAUGGUGGAGAGCUACGAUUAUUUGGAAGAAGAAAGGUGCCAGAACUGGUCGCCAGAUUCAAUUUUCAAGCAAGAUAAAGAUCUGCUACGGCUCUGGAAUAAGGGCAAAAUGUGCGAUCACCAAACUGACACCACCAGUAGAUAUAUUUGCUACUCAAUUCUUUACAUGGAAUCUCAAAAAGCUGGAAAAGAGCUCAACAUGGUUCCGUGGAGAGGCCAAUCCACGUUGAAAGAUGGCUGUGAUUUGGUCGAUUCGAAGUUUAAAGCGCCGAUUCCGGUUGAUCUCAGUGGAGGAUUCUUUGCAGAUGAUGGUCACGUGAAAGUGACACAGGUAAAUAUUCAUGUUGUGAACUCUUUAGCUACGAUGGUGUCUAACAACUGGAGAAGAUUGGAAGAACUUGGAGUGCUAAGGGAAGUCGUAGGAUACAUCAAACACGCGGCGGAAUUCCUCGAUCAGGCGCGGUUCGCCGGUGCCAAUAUGGUCGUACAGGUUGGAGACGCACGUGUAGACGAUCGCUGCUCGGAAGGAUCAAUCGAAGCUUCCGCGGAGAGGCGAGUGACUUUGGCUUCAGACCGAAAGUAUCCAGCCACAGACGCACUCGCCGGAACCGCGGGUGCCCUUUUAGCAGCCGCCAACGCCCUGGAUACUGUCGACGAGAGCGAUUUUGCUGACCGUUUAAGACGCAAGUCCGAAAACAUCAUUUCAUCAAUGCUCAAAAGUCCUCAAGGUUUGUCAGGAGAAAAUGCCAAUUUCGGAGAAGGACAACUUUCGCAUCUGUGGAGAUCAACUUGCUUUUAUGAUGAACUUGCGUUUUCUGCUGCGUGGAGCUGUACUCGAGAAAAUCAAAAUGCGAAAGCGAUUUGCUUCGAGCAAGUAGAAAAACUCCUGGAAGAAGCAGAUGAAAAAUGCCAAGGCAACCAAGAAGAAACGAGCAUUUCAAGCUGGGAUGACCUUAGACUGACGGCAAAAUACGUUCUCGCACGUUAUUCAGGAAGCCUAACACACGUCAAGACCUUUGUUGAAAACCUGAAUCAAAUUGCAAACAAUGCUCGACCAUGUACAGGAGAUUCUGUCGAAAGAACCUCUGCUCAAGCUGCUACUCUUGCUCUUGGACUGUCUCUGGAUGAGUUCCCGCGUGCGAAUGAGUUAACUUACUCGCCCGUUGGUUUCUGGAGACGAAGCCUGAUCAAGAUGCUCAGCUGCGUGUCGAAGAAUAUGAUCGGGUUCGGAGCAGAUGAUGGUGCAGCAAUUUUCCACAAAAACUCAUUGGCCAAUGGAGCUACUUUAUGGGGAGCAAUCGUAAAUGAAUCUGGACGAACUAAGACGACGAUGAACAUCGACUUCCUCCUUGCUGCCGCCAGUCUUUAA